AUGAGUUUUGCACCUGAGUUGAGGACUCACGCUCAAAAAGUAUGUACUCUCUAUAAAAAAGCUAUGAGAACUAUCGAAGGUUACUAUGUGGCGAGAUACAUAGUCCGAUAUCACCAAGUUAUUCUGAGAAAGCAAUUUGAUGAUAAUCGAUGUGUUUCUGAUGCAAAAGAACAACGUCGUUUGUUGUGGGUUGCAGAGAAUGAAUUAUUUAUGAAACAAAAUCCUAUACCACCAGCUAAAUUUUCAAAAUCAAUUGGCUUGGCUGGUGGAGUCGCUUACAAUCGUGUUGUGACACCACCAGACUGGAUCCUUGAUUAUUGGCAUCCCCUCGAGAAGGCGCAAUAUCCUGACUAUUUUGCAAGACGUGAGUGUAGAAAACAAGAGUAUCUUGAAAAGAGAAAUAAUGGAACUUUAAUGUAA